GCUAGCAAUUGAUUUAAUUUCAAAAUGUCCGCUUCUAGUGAAGGUGGAUCCGAUCCUCUUCCCAACUCAAGCAAGAAAGCUCGCGUAUUUGACUUAAAUGCCAUUUUCGAGGAAGCAAGAAAAACGGCUAUAAGUAGAAGCAAAGAUGUGAAACUCACGGAAGACCCAAAACCAUGCACCAGCCGCCCUGAAAGAAGCGCUGAAGACAAGGCUCAAAGAGAAAAUGAUCCUGCGCCCGACGGUGAACCGAGUGAAGAAGGCAGCGAAGACGAGCUUGUAGGGCCUCCGAUUUCUCUGUCAGCGCAGGCAAAAGAUGACGGAUCUAGCUCAGAAGACGUCGAUGACGAGGAAAGUGGACGUACUGCUGCAUAUCGGGCAAUUCCAGUGAAAGAAGACAUUACUUUACAGCAUGGCACAAAAAUUGUAUCUGCGUUGGCACUGGAUCCUAAUGGAGCACGUCUUGUCACUGGCGGUUAUGACUUCGAUAUCACUUUGUUCGAUUUCGCCGGCAUGGAUUCAUCCCUGCAGCCGUUCCGUUCGCUUCGUCCUUGCGAUUGUCACCAGAUUCGAAAUCUGGAGUACAGCUGUACGGGUGACUCGUUCCUCGUGGUGUCCGGAAACGCCCAGGCCAAAGUGCUAGAUAGGGACGGGUUCGAGGUGAUGGAGUGCAUUAAGGGAGACCAGUAUAUAACUGACAUGGCCCGAACCAAAGGGCAUGUGGCGAUGCUAAAUUACGGCUGCUGGCACCCGCGCAGCCGCGAAGACUUCCUCACUUGUGCCAACGACGGCACACUGCGAUUGUGGAAUGUGGAUAAACCCAAUAGCCACAAAGCGUUGGUGAAGACCAAGCAACAGGGCGGCCUCCGAGCAAUUCCGUCUACCUGCCGCUUCAGCAGGGACGGCCAGCUCAUGGUCGCUGGCUGCCAGGAUGGCUCGCUCCAAUUUUGGGACCAACGACGCACCUUAGUGCACCCGAGUCACACGGUGCGCGAGGCGCACCGGCGGGGCAUCGAGGUAACUUGCGUAGCAUUUGCCCAGGACGGCCGCCAACUUGCCACGCGAUCUUGCGAUGACACGAUGAAGCUGUGGGACCUCCGCGCAAUGCGGCCAUCGGCUUUACAUACGUUUGCAGGCCUCGACAACUUGUACCCUGCCACGGACUGCGGCUUCAGCCCAGACGACCGGGUCAUCUACACAGCCACCUCGAAGAGCUCUGGCGAUGGUCAGCUGGUGUUUUUUGAGCGCGACACGUUGCAGGAAGUGUUGAGACUUCGACUGCCGGCUCCAGUGGCUAGAGUCAUCUGGCACGCUCGGCUUAACCAACUCCUCGCUGGGCUGGCAUGCGGUGAAGUGCGCUUGCUGUACGAUACAGCGCACAGCCACCAUGGCGCGCUGUUGUGUGUGUCCAAAGCUGCUCGGGCCAAAGCUGCGCCGCAGGGACUCACCCAAGCGCAAGUGCUCACGCCGCAUGCGCUGCCACUGUUCCGAGAAGAGCGGCCGCGGAGUACGCGCAAGCGGUUGGAGAAAGCACGCAAGGAUCCCGUAUUGUCUCAAAGGCCUGAUCUUCCUGUGACAGGCCCUGGCCAAGGAGGCCGCAUUGCUUCAGCAGGAAACACACUCUCUUCCUAUAUUGUGCGCAACCUGGGCACCACAAAGCGUGUUGAUGACAAUGUGGACCCGCGUGAGGCUAUUCUUAAGUAUGCCAAGGAAGCAGCUGAGAACCCUUACUGGGUAACCCCUGCUUAUGCUACAACACAGCCCAAGCCAGUCUUCCAAGAGAGUGAAGAACCAACACCUGCCAAGAAGACAAAGCAAGUGUAGUUCUUUCUGGACCUUAACUGUGUGCCAAGCCUUAGUUUGAACAUUGACAGAAAAGGGCCGUUUCUGUAGCCUGUUCUGUAUCAGCGAUUUUAAAAGCAUUGUGUAAGACACCAGAUGCUGUUAAACAUGAAAACAUUGAACUUUUCAGUAAUGCAUCAUGCUCAAUAUACUCUUGUAUAUUUGUAUAACAUUUGAGCACUCUAAAGUGUAACCUCAUUUGAUGACAUACUAACUGCAACAUUUUCCAGCAUCAAGGUGUGUACUCAUACCUUCAUGUUGUAAACAUACCAUAAAGUCAUGAGUUUGUCUGCACAACUUGAGGGGAAUAUUCAAGCACAAAUGGAUUGCAUUGUUGCUCUUAAAAUAAAUUUCGUGUUUUUUUUCUCGUCAUCUUGGUUAAAUACAGCACGCAGUCACUUCAUCUUACCUUGUGCAUUGUAGAACUGGAAAAUUUGUCCUGAAUGUCAAAAACAUCAGCAUGGUGAAGCUUGGCAAGUCUUUUAAAGAAAACACUUCAAUACACAAGUCAUGCCCUAGAUCUAUGUUUGUGUGUGAUAUAGCAUCCUAGCAGUUUGUAGUUGGAAUGUAGGGUGCGAUCUUGUACGCGUUCCAAAAUAGAACGGAGGCGGUUCGUUCUUUACGUCACAAAAUUGGCGGUAUGUUCCGUUCCGUUCGUCCGAUAGCAGACGACACGGAAUGAUUGACAGCAGAUAUCACGUCACAAUUGACGUCAUGGCGUUCGGCGCUGUUCAAAUUGACGAAUCGUAUUUGGCUCGGUAGAACGAACCGCCUCCGUUCUAUUUUGGAACGCGUACAAGAUCGCACCCGUAAUGUCCACUGCUUUGUCUAGAAUCCAACUGCUGUAUUUAUGCACUACACAGUGGAGCUGGGCUUUGUUGUGGAGUGCGUGCAUGUUUUCUGGUGCCUAUUUUUCCUGUAUGUACGGUUGAUAGUCCACUGUAGUCCUCCAGUGGCUCUUGGCUCAUUUUUCUGUAUAUAGUACUAUUUUCGCUUCAGGUAAUGGCUGCUGAUGUAUGGGAAAUGGUGAACUGUAAAUAUGAACACCACAUAGUCACAUAUGGCAGUGCUAAGUUAACACACUUGUGCAACAUAAAACACACACAUGACUUGUGAUAUUUGGAAGUGAAAGUAGAAAGGUUUCAUAAGAACUGCCCAGAGCCUUGGCAACACUCCCUCAUUGAAGGGACUCUGCAUCACCCAUGUCUUUUUUUCCUAGUGUUUCAGUCUGUACAUUUUGUGGAAGCAUUCACACCCAGGUCCAUAUGAAAAUUACAGCCACCAUAUGCACAUUUUUUGGCUCAUAUGAGUAACAUACAUUUAGAGGAACAGGAACAAUGUAAAAAAAUGCAAUAAAGGACCUAGUUACACAA